ACUUUAAAGUGAACAUGGCUGCCCGGAAAAAAAGCAAACGUGAAAAUGAUACAUUGCCAGACAGAACCAGCAGCAGUAGCAGCAAGCGGCUCUGUCCCAGUGGGAAAAGACACGUAGCUGCUCUCAUUCUAGCCAGAGGGGGAAGCAAAGGAAUUCCUCUGAAGAACAUCAAGCUUCUAGCUGGGGUUCCUCUCAUCGGCUGGGUGCUGAGAGCGGCUAUCGACUCCGAGGAGUUCGACAGUGUUUGGGUUUCAACAGACCAUGAUGAGAUUGAAAAAGUGGCGAAAUCCUGGGGGGCCAAAGUCCAUCGGAGGAGCCAGGAAGUCUCCAGGGACUGCUCCACGUCCCUGGAGACAAUACAGGAGUUUCUGAAGAAAAACCCAGAAGUGACGGUGCUCUGUAACAUCCAGGCUACGUCUCCUUGUCUCCAUCCAUCCCACCUAAAGGAGGCUUUAAAGAAGAUCACUGAGGAAGGAUAUGACUCCAUCUUUUCUGUGGUACGGAGGUACCAGUUCCGCUGGAAGGAGGUCAAGAAAGGAAGUGCAGAAUGUACUCAGCCAGAGAACCUGGACCCUGCCAAUCGCCCGCGGCGCCAGGACUGGGACGGAGAGCUGUAUGAGAACGGCUCCUUUUACUUCGCCACCAGAGAACUGGUCAUGGAUCAGGGACGCUUGCAGGGCGGCAGGGUGGCCUACUUUGAGAUGGAGCCGCAGCACAGUGUGGACAUCGACGUGGACAUCGACUGGCCCGUGGCGGAGCAGAGGGUUCUCCGAUUCGGUUACUUCGGUCGCGGGGUUUCCCUGAUGUUCUGUAAGGUCUCAGGAUGUCUGACUGAUGGGCGGGUCUUCCUGUCCGUGUCUGGAGAGGACACAGUCUCUGUCCACAGCACGGACACAGCGGGUAUCAGGAUGCUGCAGAAAGACGACGUGGAGGUGGUCCUGCUGGUCUCCAGGGAGGACCAUGUGAUCCAGCUGAUGUUUGACAAACUGAAGAAGAUGACGGGGUGUAAAGUCAUGGUGGUUGGAGAGGAGCCUCUAAACGACAUAAAGCCGCUAGUGGAGAAGAGGAAGCUUGACUGGAAGGACGUGGCCUAUAUGGGUAACGACGCAGCAGACGCCAGCUGUCUGAAUCUAGCAGGCCUGAGCGCGGCGCCAGCAGACGCUCCGCCCGGCGCUGCUCGAGCUGCCAAAUACACCUGCAAGUACGCCGGAGGGGCGGGAGCCGUGAGGGACUUCGCCGAACACGUUCUUCUGCAGAAGGAAACGGCCAAAGUUCAGAUGAAGCAGGACCGGAUCGACCGCCACAACUUCUGAUGUGGGAUCAGUGAUAUCAUUCAGCGAUACCUCAGUGGCACCAUGCUGCCAAUAGAUAGGACCUUCAGGCUGUUUGAGUAGAAGAUAUAGAAAAGAGGAGAACAGAUCAGAACCAGACUCCCUCCACUGGUUACCAAUGUACUGUCAAUGCAGUACUUCAUGCAUUAUAUAGUAUCAGUCAGAGGUCUACAUAAACUCCCCAUGGACAUGAAUGUCAGAUUAAUUUCUGGUCAUUUGUUUCUAGGAAAAAGAAACAGAAUUAAUUCACUUUCUUUUUGUUUUUUCCUCUUGAAAUCUAAAUAAUUCACAGUGGCUCAUAAAUAUUAAAAGAAGCUUUAAUAACUGCUUCAAUGCUGUUGCUGGCAGAAC